AUGAGCGUCACUACCACCGUGGUCAAAGGGCCUUUAAAUCUUGCCAACCCACCCUCACAAAUCACGACCAACCCGAUUCUUUCAUGGUACAUGAAAUAUGCGGUGGACUUCAGCAUCGCCAAAACCACCACACCCCCGACCAGAUACUAUGCCUCUACCGCCACCCUGGUGAACACUGAUCGAUCCAUCAUUUCUGGGGCUAAAGAUAUUUGGGACUACUACAUCACACUCUACGGACAAUUUGAGCGUUGUGUCCAUGAUCUCAUCUCAAUCUUUGUUCUGAGUGAUGAAACGUCUGGCAAACAUACCAUGAUUGUGGAGACUACGAACAACUUGCAUCUCAAAGAUGGAAAAGGAAUAGUACCUCUGCCUCAAGCCUUUGUGUAUGAGAUCGCCAAAUCUGAAGAUGGGAGCGGCACAGAUGACCUACAAAUUUGGGAAGUGAAAUGCUACUUUGAUAAGGGAUUGUUGGAGAGGGCGGCGAGUAUCUGA